GUUAAGCACUUUUACAAGUACCUUCAGAAAAAUGAAAAAUACAAGUGGAAACUAUCCACCGGAAAAUUUGUAGAAGAUUUGCUAUAUGAAUAUGGUUUAAAAUGUACCUCUGAACAUAUGUGUCAUAAGGAGCUUCCAGAAUUUCCUGAAGGUCUCAUUAAUUAUAUUAUGAAAUUUUCUGAUAACAAAAUACACGAACUUAGACGUUUGUUGACAAAUGAUAAUGAAUCAAUAUCAGAAAACUAUGUUUGUGAACUUCAUCAUGACAUAGAUUGGGUAAAUUUCGCAAUGCAUGCUAUCAUUAGGGAAUAUGAAUCUGGAUCUUUAAAGAGUGACCAUUUAGAACAAUGGUAUAAUAUCCAUUUGUGGGGGCCUAUCUUGGACCAAUGCUUUGCAAAUAUUGAAAAUAUGGAGCAAGUUCGUGGAGAAUCUUCUAGUUUAGCAUCUGCAUUAAGAAAAAAUUUAGGUCGUACAGUUCCUGGUAUAAAACAAUUAGCUAGAUCAAAAAUGGGUCAAAGGGCAGAUUUGGUACUACAUGUUUCUUCAGAUUUAGAAUUUAGUGGGAGAUUUUAG